CAUUACUUCCAGCAAGCAGUGUGGGUGCAACAGUCCUUUGACACCCUUUAUCCAGCCAUGGGUGACAUCUCGGACAAUGAAUCUAUCUCUAAUAUAUCCAAUCAAACUGCCUUUUACGAUUAUGACAAACUGUUUCCUGAAACUUUGACCCCUGAAAUUCAACCGAUCCAGAUCGCGGCUCUGGUCUUCUACGGCCUUGUGGUCCUGCUGGGUGUCCCCGGAAACGCUCUGGUGGUGUGGGUGACAGGGUUCUGCAUGCCGCGCACUGCCACCUCCCUCUGGUUCCUGAACCUCGCGCUGGCUGAUCUUCUGUGCUGCCUCUCCAUCCCUCUGCUCAUGGUCCCUAUAGUCCACGAUGACCACUGGCACUUCGGCUCGCUGGCCUGCACAUUAAUCAAAAGCCUGUUUUACCUGGUGAUGUACUGCAGUGUCCUGCAGCUGGUUUUGAUCAGUGUGGAUCGCUGGAUGCUGGUCAGCAGACCCGUCUGGUGUCAGAACAACAGGCGACCUACGCAGGCUGUCUGCGCGUGUGUUGCUGUCUGGUGCCUGGCCCUGAUAGGCAGCAUUCCCCAGUUUUAUUACACCAAGGAGAUCGAAGCAGGUGAAAACAAGCGAGAGUGCCUGACAGUACACACUACAGAACACGGUGCCUGGCUCUUCACAUCCAUCCGCUUCCUGCUGGGAUUCUUCCUCCCUUUCCUGGUGAUUGUAGUGAGUCACGUGGUGGUGUACAGGAGAGCAGAGAGCGGGCUGACCCGUGCUCGGACCCGCUCCAAGCGCACCCUGAGGGUCAUCCUAGCUGUGGUGCUGAGCUUCUUCCUCUGCUGGCUCCCACUACACAUUGUGGACUUUCUCACAUUGACGGUCUCUCGGUCAUCCAUUCACAGCCCAAAAAUGUACUUGGCACAGGUUUUAACACUUUGUCUGGCGUAUUUCAACAGCUGCCUGAACCCGCUGCUCUACGUGUGUCUGGGACGGGGCUUCAAAGACAGCAUGAACCGCUCACUGCGCAACAUGCUCCAGUUCAUCAGCGAGGACCCCACGACCAGGAUCAGCAUCACUAAUAACGACACCAAGAGCUCGAGCAACGGGAAGGAGACAACUAAAAUCUGAUGUUGUAUUGAGUUUGAUAUAGAGUGUGUAGUAGGUUUGUAGCAGCCUAGUAGUUUGGUGUCUGUGUGUAUGCUUCUUUGUGUUCUUUAAAAAGUGUUGCAUCUCCAUAGGUAGGAUAUAGUUUAACAAGGGUCACCUCUUCUCUACUCACUGCACUGCAAUUGGGAAUCCUAACCAUUGGGUUUCACCAUAAACUAUCUGUGUUAAGUUUUUUUUUUUUGACACACUGGUCAAAUAAACUGAAGAAGAACAAACUUCAACAUUUGAAAGUGUGAACUGCAACCUCUGCUGUAUAUUUUGAGAAGGGUUUUUUUCUGAUGCAACUGAACAACAUAUGCAAAGAUGUUAUCCUGACGAUGAAAAUCAGGAAAUGUUUUUCUUUUUUUUUAUCCUUUAUUUGCCAAUCUGCUAAAAUGCCCUGUGAACAUUUGUGUCUAAGGCUGUUGCAACUGCUCCCACUUCUGUUUUUUGCUCCUACACAAGGAUAGUCUCAGACUGUUUAUAGUCAUAUUGUCAUUUAUAGGAAUGUAGAAAUGGCCUGAGUCUCUAUAACUCUUAGUUGUAAUUCAAGUUUGUUGUCAGAAAUAUAAUUUUAUAUUAAUAAAUAAGAAUUUGUUCUUGUUAUACCUGUAAGACACAGCUAUGUCCUCUUGUGUAACAGUACACAAGGAGGGAGCUACACUCUAAAUCGCUGAUGUUCAGUGGCCAAGGUGCAGAUGCAUGUAGAUUCUGGCCUGAGAGCCAUUGUUUUAGUGUGUCAGACCUUAGAGACAAAAAAGAGACAAUUUAGGGAUGUUUGUAAGUUGUUCAAAUACAUUCAGUUCAAACAAAUGCCCCUCUUUGCAUGUCUACAGAAGUCUAUAUGUAAAUUCAUUAGCAUUUUUUACUACUUGCCUAAUGCAUGUUUUAGAUGGAUCUUGUUGUACCAGGUCGACUUAAGAUUAAACAAAACAAUAACAAUGUACCAAAAUUAGGAGCAAAAUCGCUUUUAUUUACAAACUACAUUCAUUCCAAACAAGGCCACAUUAUGAUAUAUACAAAAGCAUACAUAUUUACAAGAGUGUCCAAGUCUGAGUCCCUAUGUUUCAAUGAAUCUGUGCACUUAUACAUACUGUAUGUGCAUGCAUGUAUGUACACUGGUACCUCACUAUGGCCUCUAAUAAACCCAUUCCUGACUCACAGA